UUGGAGCUAAAAUCAGCUGGACACCGGCCCUCCUGGACCGAGUUUGGACACCCCUGUUGUACACCUUCAUUUUCUUUCUUUCAUUUUUAUUGUGUGUAGUUGGUUUAUUUAUUUUGUUUCCAACAACUGACAAGCACACAUUGGGGAAAAAAGAGAAUAUUGUCAUGUAAUGGUGAUAACUUUAAUAAGGAAACUGCUUUUAUACUUGUCUUUGGGGUCACACUUUACAGUUUCCAUUUAAUAAAUGUAUUUACUAACGUGAACAAUACUUGUACAGCAUUUAUUAGUGAGAGCUUAUCAUUUACUAAUGGUUUAAUAAAUGCAAAGUUUGCUUGUUAACAUUAGUGAAAGCACUGAGUAAACAAAAUGUCAACAAACAACUUUAUUUUUAUUAACUAAUGUCAAAGUCCCUUUGAGGUGUAUUAAGUUUUUGCUAACGUUAACAGAGAUGGAUGAACUAUUGUUGACUGUUAGUUCAUGUUUGUAAAUACAUUAACAUUAAUGGAACAGCAUUUUUGGAUGUUUGUCUUGUCACUGUAUUAUUUUAAGCAAGAUCUUUUGCACAAUCUGAUAUAAUAUGAAUAUGACAACAGAGCUAUGGUGUCUUAAUGAUAGAAAUGGGUUGUAGCUACUGUUCCUCUGGAGAAAAAAAAGUGUAUAAAUCAAUUUGUUUGUUCUGUUGUGUAUGUGUUUUAAAGUUUAACAAUAAUAAAACUAAAAAGCCUGACGAACUCGUUCCUUUUUGGAUGGUUUCAGCAUUUAAGAUCUGCUUGGAUGCUGUGUGUCUUUAUUGCCAGCCAAUCUGAAAGGUCUAGCUGCUCUGGUGAUUUGUGUAUCAAGAGGGAGUUCCUGUUGCUGUACAUUCUGUUCUUUACUUUUAUUGUUUGUACACAUUAAGUGCAACUGUACCAAUGUAUUUCUUUGUAUAUAAAUUAUAUAUGUGACAUUUUCUGUCCCAUAAUUCUGCUUUUUAUAUUAUAUGCCAGGUAGUAUCCAUGUUUCAUGCAAAUAACAAACAUGUUUCUAUUCCAGGGUGUUUUCUUCCCCAGUGGGAAGCGUUUGGGAAGGCUCUGCACUUGAGAAAACAUUAAGGUGAUCAGGACUGUGUUUUACACUUUUAAAACUUGCCUCUUAAACGUUUGCGGAUUGCAGUUAAAGUCUGGUCAGGAGCAGAAUGAGUUAACGCGCUCAUCUGCGCGCACUGAACCGAGCAGAGCAGCAGCUUCUCACCGGCAGCAUAUCGAGCCCCCGGCCCGGUGAUCAUGUCCGGUAGUGGAACCCAUGAAGCGCUUAGCGGCAGCACGGAGAUGGAGCAAAGAAGCUUGGAGAGUGGGACUAUGAAGACUGACUUGGAGGCUGGGAGUUUCAGCGCUGCAAUCCACUGCCACGAUGUGUGCCGUUCAUACGGGAAACUUAAAGUUCUCAACAAUCUCAACCUGACAUUACCUCAGGGUCAAAUUUAUGGACUGCUUGGGCCUAGUGGUUGUGGGAAGACUACGCUGUUGAAAUGCAUCGUGGGAACUCUGAAGAUCUCUCGUGGUCAUAUCACAGUGUUGGGGAAGCCACCAGCUUUCCCAGGACAUGAAGUGCCAGGAAAGAUGGUGGGAUACAUGCCACAGGACAUAGCUCUGUACAAUGAGUUCACUAUCAGCAAUACAUUAUGGUUUUUCGGUCGAAUUCAUGGCCUUUCAUCUAAAGAGACAGAAGCCAGGAUGAGUUUCCUCAUCGAUUUUCUGGACCUGCCACAGAAACACAGCCUUGUCAAAAAUCUCAGUGGUGGUCAGCGGCGACGCGUCUCUCUUGGAGCUGCUUUGCUUCAGAACCCAAAACUUUUGAUCCUGGAUGAGCCCACUGUAGGAGUGGACCCUGUUUUGCGAGCCAAGAUAUGGCAACAUCUGGUAGAGAUUGUAAGAGGAGGACAAGUGUCCAUCAUUAUUACAACACAUUACAUCGAGGAGGCCAGACAAGCCAAUACAGUUGGAUUGAUGAGGAAUGGUCGGUUGUUGGCUGAAGGUCCACCCGAUGCUGUUAUGAAGCAACAUAAUGCAGCAACAUUAGAGACUGCGUUCCUGCAACUUUGUGAGGACUCUGAUCAAAGCGGCCCCAAACAGAGUCCUCAGGGCCGUCUGCUGGACAGCAGCCCAUCUCCAGACAGCAUGAGGGAUGAGAUUCGUGAGCCCAUAUUGAGAAAGAGCACAUCAGAAGACAUGCCUAAAUGUAAAGCUGACUGGAAAGUGCGAGCCAGACACAUCAUACCUAAAUGGAGCAACAUUGCAGCACUGAUGAUCAAGACGAUGGUUCGAAUGAGGAGAUUGCCAGGGUCCCUCUGUUUCCAGUUUCUGUUGCCUGUAAUUCAGAUCUGUCUGAUGUGCCUGUGUAUUGGCGGAGACCCCAAAAACAUUGAUGUUGCUGUGGUCAAUAACGAAAGUAGUCCCAGUGCCUUCAGUAGAUCUCUGCUGUCUUUUCUUGACAACACAAGUAUUAACCAGGUUAGCUUGUCUCAUUCAGAUGCUUUUGAUGGUAUUCGAAAUGGGGAAUACUGGGGAGUCAUAGAGUUUGGAGAGAAUUUCACCAGCUAUUUAACUAAAAGGAUGUUGCAGCCACGGGUGUCCAGAGAAGUGGUUGAAGGAGGAUCUGUACAUGCAUGGCUGGAUCUGACUAAUAGACAGAUUGCCCUAAUGCUACAGAAAAAACUCCAUCAGGCUUUUGAGGCUUUUAUGGAGAAAAGGCUGGGGAGUAUGUCAUACAUGGUGGCUGUCCCAAUAAAAUUUGAAGAACCUAUAUACGGCAGUAAGAACACAGAUUUCACAACAUUUGUUACUCCAGGAGCUGUUUUGAGCAUUACGUUUUAUCUGGCUGUGGGGUUGACCGCUCUGUCUUUUGUGCUAGAGAGGAAGGAGGGUCUGUUAGACAGAUGCUGGGUGGCAGGUGUAAGUUCUCUGGAGACCAUGCUCGCACACCUCUUCUCACAGCUGUUUGUCAUCAGUGUUCAGAUCAUCCUUCUGCUGAUCUUCACUCUACUGGUCUUCAACAUUCCUAAUGAAGGCUCUCUGGCUCUGGUGAUCUCACUGAUUGUGCUGCAGGGAGUGACGGGGAUCUCCUUUGGUCUGGUCAUCUCGUCUGCAAUCGAUGACGAGCAGUCAGCCAAUCAGGCGGCUCUUGGAGUCUUCUACCCCAACCUCAUUCUAAGCGGUGUUAUCUGGCCGGUUGAGUGUAUCCCAUAUCCUCUGCGAUAUUUGAGUCUCGUCCUGCCACAGACAUAUGCAUCUGAAGCUCUGCGCUGUAUCAUGUACAGAGGAUGGGGUUUGUCCCGCAUGAUGGUUUGGCGAGGUUUUGCAGUCACCCUUGGCUGGAACACAUUCUUCCUCAUGUUGGCGACCAUCAUUCUCAAGCUGAGAACGUGAGAGGCUCAGCUCAAAACAGGUGCUUCAGAUUGGGUAAAGGAGUGUCUGUCGAGGCCAAAAACAGGAUUGACACAUGGAUCUGCCAAUCAGAGCCUCUCUAUCUUCUUAAUAUGCCAUUCACCCAAAACUGGCCUCCAAAGGACCAUUAGUGUGAACUCAGGGCAUUUCUCAACCAGCUACUCUUAGAGACGUGUUCUACAAAAUAUUCCAGUAUCGAGUCGACUGACAAUGUGAAGCAUAACACUGCUGGAGCUACUGUAUCCAUACUCUCUUCGUUUUCUCCAGUUUAUAUAAUGCAUCCAAGUAGGUUCUGCGUGCCUGAGUUUCUUUGUGUGUUCCAUAUGCCUUGUAUGUGCCAGUAAACCUUAUUAGACUGGGUAAAAGCACACACCUAUAAACUGCUUUAGGUUAGAUGGCCUAAACAGAAGGAGUCUCCUCUCUUUGUACAGUAGUGUUUUGUUUUUCAAAAUCGCUGCUUGUUCAUUGUUUUUUUUUUACAAUAAUAGUUUUUCUGUUUGAGUUAUAAUAAUCUAUUCAUGUGCCAAAAAAGAAAUGAAGGACGAACAAGCGAUGUUUACAUUUGUGCACAUAACAGGCGAAUGUUAAACCUGAUAGUUGCACUCAAAAGACGAGUUUAGUCUGCGCUUUAGGAUAUUUUAUAUAUGAACGACAGCACAAACUGCAUCACAAUGCAAGCCAUAUGCUGAGUUGCUUGGAAUGGUGAGAAUAGUUUGAAGGAUGUUUUAGCGUGCAAUAUUUGAUGAGGAGAUACUUUACAUAGAGGUUUUGGGUAUUCAUUUUAGAUGUGAAGCACUGUUCUUAUAAGAUUACAACCACUUUAGUAGACUUAAAUUUUCUCCACUUCCACAUUAGGAUUUUUUUGUCUCUACAUUCUACCUUCACAGACCAGAUCUAGGUUCUGGUUUGGUUUUAAUUGUAUGGGUUCAUCCAAAAAUGAAAAUAUGCUGUUAUAUGAAAC